AUGACCACCUCGCUGCAGUCUCUGACGCUACCGUCGUUCAUCUUCGAGAAUGCGCCGGCCUCCAUCCUUCUGCCCAUCGUUGCCGGAUCUGCCGUAGGAUACUCGUGUCGACCCAAGCAGACACAGGACACAUACGCGACACUUCGCCAGCCUCCAUUGAGACCACCUCCAUGGGUCUUUGGCCCAGCCUGGACUGUCAUCUACGGCGCCAUGGGGUACGGUGCGUACCGCGCCUGGAGCGUCGGCAUCAACAGCUUCGAUCCCGAUAAGAUUGUGCUCGCAAAGCACGGUGCACUCAUCUACACAAUUCAACUAGGCCUGAACCUCAUCUGGAUGCCGCUUUUCUUCUCGUACAAGAAGCCCAUCCUCGCAACCGUGGACAUCAUCACCUUGACCGGCACCGUGGGCUACCUUGCGUCAAUUUGGUCCAAGAUUGACGAGCGUGCAGGCUGGUCGCUCGCACCGUAUCUGGGAUGGUUGGCAUUCGCAAACUACCUCUGUAUCGGCUGUGGCUACCUCAACAACUGGGACUUUAGCGACAAGCCGGCUGCCGCAAAGGCGAAGAAGUAG